AUGGCUAAACCAAAGUCAGUGUCAUCAACGUUAAGAAAAUGUCAUUAUGAACGUUUGGAUGUGUAUCGUUGGAAAAUACAUAGUGGAAAUAAUCAUUUUUGUUUUAAUGGUCAAUGUAUGAUUGGUAGAAAUUUGAGUGGUGUUAUUAUGGUUGUUUGUAUUAUUACAAUGACAUGUACCAUAUGGAUUAUAUUUGAAUUACCAGUAAUAAUACGAGAAUUUUCAAUCGGUAUUUUGAUCGUUAUUAUUGGAUUAAUAUCCAUCGUUUAUACGUAUCUGUUUUUAUUUCGAUCCAUGUGUAUGGAUCCCGGAAUUAUUCCACGUACAAAUGUUGAAGAAUAUAUUGAUUUGUGUAAACGUCAUCCAGAAUUGAAAACACAAUCAGCUGGUACUAUGCAAAUAAAUAUACCAGUGAAAGAUUGUAUAUUGAAAUGUAAAUAUUGUGUGACAUGUAAACUAUUCAGACCACCAAGAUCAAGUCAUUGUUCAAUUUGUUCAAAUUGUGUUUAUCUACUAGAUCAUCAUUGUCCAUUUCUAGAGCUAACAACUCGUGAAGAUGACAAAGGAAUUUAUUUAAGUAUCGAUGAUCAAAAUGGACAAUGUGAACAUAAUCCAUUUAAUACGAAAAAUUAUUUGAAAAAUUUAUGUCUAAAAUUAUGUACAUCAUUGCCACCGAGUCUAUAUCAAGCACAUAAAAAAAUUAGAUUAACAGAACAACGACAAACUAAUAGAGUUUGA